CCCCAAGUGUGACGCUAAUAAAAAAGCCAUAUUUGAGGCCGACUGUAGUAUCAUCACAAACCCUAAAGGUCCCUUCGCCGCCUGCCACAAUGUGAUAGACCCUGCCUCUUACUUCAGAGAUUGUGUCUAUGAUGUCUGCUUGUCUGAGGGAGACCGUAAGGUUCUCUGUCACAGCAUAUCAGCAUACAUGAUCGACUGCCAGGACUUUGGGGUUAACAUCAGUAACUGGAGAACACCAACCUUCUGUCCCCUGGACUGUCCUGCCAACAGCCACUACCAGAGCUGCUCUGAGAUCUGUGCCACCCCAUGUCCCGGCCUCUCUGACAUUAUCACCUGCCCCACCACUUGUGCUGAGGGCUGUGCCUGCAAUACAGACUACUACUUCAACGGGACAGGCUGUGUUAAGUGGGACCUGUGCAGCUGUUACCACAAAGGACGCACCUACAAGAUUGGUGAGUCUGUGUUGUCAGAGGAUUGCCAGGAGCUCUGCACCUGCACUGCCUCUGGUGAUGUGAAAUGUGAGGCCACCAAGUGCAAGGCUGACGAGAGCUGCCAGGUCAAGAAUGGUCACCUGGGCUGCUAUCUCAAAAAGUGUUUGUUGGAGACUAAUGGCGCCUUCACCCUUUUCAAUGGAAGAAGUGGUGCAAUCACAGCCAUGGGGGCCUAUGAGAUAAUCAAAGUUUGUGACAAUGCUCUGGUGGAAGAGUGGUUCAGAGUGGUGGUGACGUUGCAGGCCUGUGGGAAGUCUGGCCUCAAGAGCGUUGUUGCUGUGUACGUCUACUUCAAUGAUCUGAUGAUCACUGUCAACAGCAAGCAUGAAACUUGGAUAAAUGGUAAGAAGGUGACUCUACCACGCCUGCUGAGUAAUGAAGUCUCAGUGAAGGUCUCUGACAAGACAGUGAUGAUUGAGAGGAUGUCAGGCCUUCAGGUGUCAUACAGCCUCUCUCAGGAGAUCAUAGUGACAGUGAGUGCCCACAUGGCUGACAAGGUGUGUGGAGCUUGUGGAAGACUGGUUCCUUCAGGAGACGUUAUCCCGGUCCCUAGUUUCCUGACUAUGCAGGAAUACAUGGACGGCUGGAACGCACCAGACUUCCCCACCUGCAGAUAUGAGAAGAACAGGAUAGACUGGGACACUGUGGUCACUCUCAGAGAGUCUUUGUCUUGA